CCAGGGCGGCCCUUCCAGGAAGAAGACCGGGGGAAGAAGCAGAAGAGAGCCCCGGCUGCCCUCGGAGCGCUCCCCUCCUUCUUUCGCUCCCUCCCCGGGCUCUGGGUGGGAGUUACUCCGGAUGGAGGCGCCCGUGUGAACAGGUUGGCUUGGAAGGAGGUAGAAGUGGAAAUGUCCAGAGGAGGAGCAGCACAUGGAAUCUCCAACACUCAGGACCGGGGAUGGGCCUGGAUGGUCUUGUUGGCCACUGUGCUGCUUCAGGGGCUAACGCUGAGCUUCCCCUCUUGCACUGGGGUCUUCUUCACAGACCUGCAGCGUGAGUUCCAAGCCACCAACAGUGAGACGUCAUGGUUCCCGUCCAUCAUGACAGCAGUGCUGCACGCAGGUGGGCCCCUCUGCAGCAUCUUGGUGGAGCGAUUUGGCUGCAGGUUCACUGUGAUGCUCGGUGGCCUACUCAGUGGAGUGGGCAUGGUUGCCAGCUCCUUUUCCAAGUCCAUCAGCCAGCUCUACAUAACAGCCGGCUUCAUUACUGGCCUAGGAUCCUGUUUUGGCUUCCAGGCAGGAGUGACUGUGCUGGGCUACUACUUUGUCCGCCGACGGGCCUUGGCCAAUGCCCUAGCAUCCACCGGUGCCUCCAUCGGCCUCACGCUGUGGCCAUUGAUCUCUCAGUACCUGUUGGAUGAGAUGGGCUGGAGAAACACUUUCCUCAUCUUUGGCGGGGUGCUGUUGAACGCUUGUGUCUGUGGGGCUGUGAUGAGGCCAGUCCAGCUUGGGCCUCCCAGGUCACCGCUGCAGCCCAGCCCUGGACAGGAGCCAGGCAACUCAGCUGAAGAUGCACAGAUGUCCAACGGAGCCACCCCUCAUCAGGUGGAGCCCCCGCAGCAGGCCAGGUUUGCUGCUUGCAAGCGGACGCUGCAGAAGUACCUGGCUUUUGAUAUCUUCUGCAAAAACAAAGGUUACCAGAUUUACACCAUUGGCGUGGCCUGGAUGGUGAUGGGCUUUGUGCUGCCCCUCAUCUACCUGGUGCCUUAUGCCAUCCGGAACGGGGUGGAGGAGCGCAAGGCCGCCCUCCUUAUCUCCGUCAUCGGCUUCAUUAACAUCUUCAUGCGCCCCAUGGCUGGGCUGCUUUCAGGACUCAAUAUCUUCACCGGGAAGCGGAUUUACCUCUUUAGCCUGGCCGUGCUGCUCAAUGGGCUCAGCAACCUCAUCUGCGUCAUCUCAGCCGACUUCAGCGUGCUCAUCCUCUACUGCCUCAUCUACAGCAUAUCCAUGAGUGGCAUUGGGGCGCUGAUCUUCCAGGUGCUGAUGGAUGUGGUGGAGAUGGACAGGUUCUCAAGUGCCUUAGGCCUCUUCACCAUCCUGGAGAGCGUCACCAUCCUCCUCGGACCCCCACUCGCAGGUCUUCUGGUGGAUAUAACUGGCCACUUCAGUUAUGUCUUCUAUGCCUCCAGCUUCUUCAUGGUGUCAGCUGCGCUCUUCAUGGGUCUCAGCUUCUGUGCUUUAGACAGAAAGAACAAACUGAAAGAGGCUCUGAAGCCAACCUCCAAUAGCCCCUCCAGAUACCAAUACACUGAAGUGCCAACUAACCCAGAGCUUGAAAAACAAGCCCCUCCUGCCGUCAUGUACAUCACAAGCAUCUGAACGAAAGGAACUCUUAGAAUUCUGUGGCAAACACAACCGCAGCAUGUAGCGUAACUGGAGGCAGAUGGGGGGGGGAAAUGCCUGCUUUCCACAAUAACCCAUCUGCCUCCUGCAGUGAGCAUCUACUCAGCAGCGCUGCCUCAGAUUCCAGAUGGGCGAUCCAGAUCAGAGGCAGAGCCCAAAGCCUUGCAACAGCCAGAAAGCCAAAGAACAAGGAGCACUUCUUAUACCUGGUGCAAGCCCAUAAGGCAAGGAUAGUAGUUCUGUGAUUUAACAUGUGUGUGACUUUAAGCUAAUAGAAUUAAAUUGACAGUGACUUUUUUUUUUUUAUAAAAAGGCUGUACAUUUUUUAUAUAUUUCAAUUUUAAAGACUGGAAAGAUUUAUUAGGUUAUGCACUACAAUGAUUCCUGACACAGCGACAUCAGUCGGUCCUGGAAGAGUUAAAAUACCACUGAAUCGCCUUGUCUGGACAUGCCAACCUAGCAAAGACUAACUUUGCAGUGAAGUCAUCUGGUUGCCUCCCAUGCGGAGCAGGGAAAACCCCUUUCCUGGAGGAUGUGUUGCUGCUUUCUUCCGUCUCCGGAUAUUGCAUGGAAUAUUACACAGGUUGUAGAACCCAGGCUAGUGCCUGCUAUCAGUUGUGUGUAGGCCAAAUGAAUUUUUUACAUGCUAGUAACCAAAUCAUUCCUGCAUUUCAAGGGCAUUUUCAGGAAAAUAAAGGUUCAAAUCCAAAGCCCCAAUCAAACUGGACAGACUCAAAGUGCCUACAUUUUAUAGCCUGUGCCAUGAUGUCUUAAGUUCUCUCCUCUUCACCUUUACCAAGGUGUGCUGCAAGAAAGAAUCUGACAGUUCACGGCCAGUGUAAAUGCACUAAGAAACAGAGAGAAUGAGUGGCAAAUACAAGGAUGGACAUUUUUUCGUUUCAGCACUAGUCCAGGACCAGUACUUUGAAAAAUGUACCGGGCCUGAAAGCAAUUGCACUAGUCCAGAUAUAGGGCUAAGUUCAGAGUCAGGGUAAGCUAGACUCUGUUACACUCAGAGGGCCAGAUCCUCAUCUUAUGUAAAUGGAGGUAGCUCCUCAUCCAGACUCUCAGACUUAAUUACACCCAUUUUCCAGUACAAAAGGGAGUCUACGCUGGUGUCAUUUACAUGCCAAAGAGUCAGAAGAAAUUGGGGCGGGGAGGUGUGGGGGAAAUUUAGUUUUACUUACACACUCCUGUUAGUGGUCUUUCUUGCUACAUUCCUGUUUUGUGGCCUUAGCAUGUGAGUUAUACCAGCUUGAACUCCCUUUGGUCCCUUAGUGAACCAAAUUCAGAGAUGAGGGGUAAGCUAAAUGUGGGUGUAAGUUACAUGUUGGUAAAUGGGUUGUCCCCAUAUAAAUGGAAAAGAGUCUAAAGGACAUCUAAGAUGGUGUAACACGGAAGAAGCUAUAAUUGUACCAGCUUAGACUCUUCUCUGGAUGUGGCCCAAGAUACCAGCUAUCAUAAUGCACAUAAAAUACAUUUUUGCUUUUAUUCUGCUUCAGUUCUGAAAUGACUAACAGCAGAUCUCUCACAGAACGUUGGAGGUGGAGAUUAAUGUUUUAAACGCUUUGAAAGAUGGAAGUUUAAGAUGCCUUCAGAAAGUAGAAGCGUUGGCUUCUAGCUUUAGUGGUUACCAAGAUAACAGAUACUGAAGUCAUGUUAUAAUUCUAAUGAAAAAAACAGCUGCUAGUUAAAAUGAUGUGAUUAUGAGGUUCCAACCUGACAAGCCUAGAAACAAAUGCAUUAAACCACUAGAAAGCUGAGCCUCCAGACUAUAAAUGCAUUCAUAUCUAACCAUUAUGGUUUGCGAGGAUCCCACCAUCUAGCAGUGCCUUUUUUGACAAUGGUCCAACACACUUUGCCUUCCUUUGUCAAAUAUAUCCUUAAAUAAGAUUACAGUUGGGAGAUGUUUAUAUGCAGCUAUGUGCUUUUAAAGAAAUGUCUUAUCUCUAGUCAUAUGUAUUUAGUAACUUGUGUAAAGCCUAUGUGGCCAGCAACCACAAAGCAAACAGCUGGGACUGUUUUCACUCAGUUUGGUUAUACACAAGCACUCUUUGAUCCUUAAGGAAAUGUACAGUUUUUCUCCUCCAUCAGAACAAACCAAUAAGAAGGGUGAGAGUCUCAGACCUGUUCUAACUUUUGUGAAUAAAGGAGCUAGGCAGCAGCAUGUGUGGAGUUUGGUUUUUUUUGUACAUGAUCCCUAAAUUUUAAAUUCAGUUCAGUGGUUUGUGUUUCCUGCCACUCCUUCCUAACCUUUUCUUCUCCCACAGAGAUGGAGUCAACUGAUCUCCACUUACCUCAAGGUCCCCUGUUGUAAUGAAUGUCCUAACCAAGGAGGACAGGAUGUGGACCCCUCAAAAUUGCUCCUAAAUUAGACAGAAUAGUCACUUGAAGGAGCAAUGGAAGGCAUCUCCCUCCCUUUCAAGAACUGACUGUACUGCAUCUAUAGUGCUACUAGUCAUGGCUCGCUCAAACAAGGGAACGAACAGUAUGAUGCAUGCUGCUCCCCACAUGAUAAAGAAAAAGAACUAACAUUUCACAAACUCAGAAAACUGACAGACAGUGAUCACUUCUUCCACUACUGAAAAGAAACUUGGGGAUGGACGUAAAUAGAGCAUACCUAAGCAGCAACAUUACACAACAGUUUAGGGAAGAGAGUGAAGAUACAUUUAUCCAGAAACAAGUACAGGGAAUUGUGUUUUGCUACUCUACUCCUAAAUUACAAGGACAGCGCCCUAGUUUUUGUUUGGAUUGGCUUUCAUACAGGUUGAGACAUUUUUCUAGUAAGGAAAAAAUAGAAUUUAUAGAGUUAAGAGAUGGCAUAUUAAAUUCAUGAUUGGUAACUGACUCAGCUCCUUACUGUGCUGCCAUGUGAGAUCAGGCUUCAUGUCUCUUCUUUGUGGAUUAAUAGGGCCAGGGAUCACAGCUCUUCUUGGAUUUUGGCUGAUGGCUAGAUUGUAAAGGUGAAACAAUAGCUCUUGUCCUCCUCCCCCAUCAUUAAUCCACAUCCCUUCUGCCUCUUUUCUCAACCUAGACUAUAAGCUCCUCUGGGCUGGGUCCUUGUAUUUAUUCGUAAAGGGCCAUGCACACUGAUGAUGCAAUAGGAAUAAUUAAAAAAUGCCCCCUUGGAGCGAUACAGCAGAACAGUAAGAUUAGAACUCAAGCCCUGAGGGCCUUGAGGUCAUAAGAAAAUAAGGUAACAAAGAUUUCUUUCAUUCGAUUUAAGGUUACCCAAUUAUGCAAUGCAGCUGCAGCUUAACUACCCCCUCUCCCCCGAAGCACAACUGGUUUCUACCGACUUCCUAAAGACAGGAAAGUGAAAUCAGUUUGAAUUAUAUCCAAACAUUAUUACCUCAGCCAGGUUAUAAACCACUGAGCACUGGCAGAGCAGGCAAAAUUGUCCAGAAAUAAAUCCACAUCUUCCAGCCCCCUGAUCCCAUUGUCACUGCAGGUCUCAUCCACUCUUACAGGCUAAGCACUUUUGCAAUAAGCCUGUUUGUUUAUUGCUAUGACAUACAGAUUAGGAGUUCAGACGUAAGAAUAUUUCAUGAUUAUGAUCAAAUUUAACAUUCUCAUAGAUAUUUAAACAAUGUACCCAUUGCUGUGGUCCUGUAACAAUGGGUAUUGCAAUCAGAUCCUUACAACACAACCUAUUGAGUUUAGGCACCCAUCACUGUGAUAUCUAAGCAUCAAAUCCUUAAUGAGCAUAUGCCUGUUAUAACCUAAAACUCACUGAAUUUCAGCUCUGGUAGCCUACCAGCAGAAACCAGGUCCACGGGUACAGAUCCUCAGUUGUAAAUGCUCUGUUAGCAAUAUUAUCCCAGUAGAUGUUAAUGAUCCUGUCAACUACCUUGUACUUUGCACAUUUGGACGUUUAGAGAACAUACCCAACAACUAUAAGUAAACAGCCAGCACAGAGCAUCAGAGUGACAUGUUCAUAGAGGACCACUCUGCACCAGCUGAAGCUGACAAAUGGUCUUCAAGUGUAAGCAAGUCAAGCUCAUUGCUGUAAGCUAGCCUGAAGGUGAUAAGCACCUGGAUUGCCCCAAAAAGGGUCCUGUCACAGAGUACUAGUGUGGUCUGUGAAUUGCCUCCCACAAUUGCUAUGUAAACCUCGCAAGACUCACAAGCCAGGAGGACACAAUUAACUCACCUCCACACAGCUCCUCCUUAUUAAAUGCAAAAAGCACUCCCACACCUUCUGGCCAACUUGGGUUUAUGCUGAAGCAAGACUACGGACAGAGGAAACAGAACUAGCAGGUCUCAAAAAGACAAGCAAAGUUGGGUUUCUCCUGAUAUUAUGGAUGGUUUGUUGCCUUAUUUCCCCACCAGUCUUGCAGUGAAUAGCAUGAACUGAACAGUGUGCCCCUACAGUACGCAUGUUCAGCUUCAGCUAAUGGACACAAGCCAUUUCCACAAACCCUGUUCCUUGGGCAAAACCAAUAUGUGCCACAGGGCAAUGUUCCUUCUAAUUGUGUGCGCAGAAUUACAGGCUGACUGAGCACAGAUUUAAUACUUCUGAGUGCAGCUCCUUCAUCCCUAUUCACCCUCUCAGCAUGUUUCCUCUUCAUCCCCUACAUUCAGUCUAACUCUUCUUAAUCAUUUCUCUCGGUCUUCCCUCA